UGCCGCCAUUGUCCCGUUCCAUCAUCUCAUCGUCCUCUUCGAUGCUCACCUGCUCGCUUUUUUCGUUACACUUGACGGCGGACGAAGAGUCUUGCCCUUCUUACACGUCGCUCGCUCUGACUUGACUUCGUCGCUUGCCUUGUCCCUUCACUGACUCGAAGACGUCGCAUGACUGACUCACCCUUGUUUACGACUCAAGAGGUCAAGCCUUGACGCUUCCCACCUAUUCGACGGUCUACGUUCGCGGCUGAGUCGGAGACUGCCACACAUCUCGUGCAAUGCGCUUUCUCACCACCCGUUUCAUACUGGGAGCUCUCAUCCCCGCCGUUAUGACUGCUGCCAUUCCUGCUGAGCCGGCAAUAGUCGAGACGGGCAAUGCAGCAUCGCCACUGCCUACAACUCUUCGUAUCAUGACGAGGACAUUCUCGCAACAAACCCACAGCACAGACUAUCCGCUUCCGACCAUGACGCCUUCCUCUGAGCCGCCGCCGUACUCAACCGACGAUGAGGUCUAUGGUAUUCACGCAGAGAUUCAAUCACUACUGGAGCUUGAACAACAGGCUCUGGCUUUGCAGUUCCAGAUCGACGCGCGUAAACAGGUCCUUGCCGGUCGCCUUCGACAGCAUCGGGAGCAAGCGUCACUCAAGGAGCUCCUUGCACAGUGCGACGGACUCGUGUGUGCUGCAAAAGUCAUUGCGCAGCGGAUAUGUGACAAGAUCGGCAUCUCCACCGAACCCUCCCUUGCGUAUGCUCGUCUUGAACAGCAACAAGUUCUUUUACCGAAUAGUAAUGACACGCAAAGCACGGCUCCCUCAGGCAAAAAUGACGACUCGGCUCUGCCCUCUCACCGUCCCAGUGCAGUCAAUGAAUCGACAUCAAAUUCCAAUGCACUGCCUUCUCUGGUCAAUGUUACUACUCCAUGGAGCGCGCUCGUCUCCGUUCUGGAGGUCAUAGCAUCGGUGCUUGGUCUUGCAGCUCUGUUCGGGUUCAUACGCCGAAGGUUCUUCACAUCGGACCGAAGCCGAGCCGACCGUGCGGCCGAUCGCGAGGAACGCCUCACUGCUCGUGCAUACCGUCGGGCUGCACGACGGGCAGAGGUACGACGACGCUGGACAGAGAUGUGGCAGAGCGUAAAUUGCUUUGGCGGCGGCCGGGACGCAGAGUAUAGAGUUGGUGCCAUGCCCGUCCCGAGUGAUGCAUCUCGAUAUGAAGGGUACCGCCGUCACGCUGAUCGUCAUCACGAGCGACGUGCGGGUAUGCUUCCUUUCCGGACCUCAUCACGACGGAACAACGCAUACGUGCCAACGUCCGACUAUGACGAGAAACGUGCACUGAUCGUGCAGGAUGCUUUUCUCGAGGAGCAGAGGGCUGAUCCCGCCAUUGCAGAGAAAGGCCAAGCCAUGGAAGCAGAGAUUCGCGAACUUCGCCAUGCCCACGAUAUGGUGCGCAAUCUCAUAUCGAGGCCAUCUCACGUUGUUGCAACCCAUGCAGAGACCACUUUAAGGAUCGAUACGAGCCCACACAUCGAUAGGGACCUCACACCAAAACCACCAUUCAUGAACGGUGCCUCUAUCAUCCCGUCACACAUCGCCCCCAUCACCACAAUCACAGCCACAGCCUCCGUAAUCGCGGCUCUCACGCCUGUGACGCGAUCACGCGCGAGCUCAACCACCCUCCCACCAUCCUACCGCUCCGAGUCUCUACCAGACUACACCUCCCGCCCCGGCGGAACGAACCCCCGCACCCCCCACACCUUCGACGACAACACCUCGGACGAUGACGAACGCAGCCUCCUCCCCACAACCUCGACAAAUCCAUACCGCACCCGCGGCCGCGGCCGCCGCAGCCAACAGCAUGGGACCUCCUACCCCCACCACAACGACAACGCCAUCUUCAGCCUUUCCUAUCCAUCCGACGACGAAGGAGAAACCCCACCAUCGCCAUCCAUCUCCACAUCGUCAUCGCAAUUCUUCCCACACAGCGAGUCCACACUCCCUCCUUUCAGCCCCGACAUGAUGUCCAGACAAAGAUCGAGGUCUUUGGUUCUUACUACGCCCGCAAGCUCGAUUUUGGAAACGAGUACAAGGCCCAGCGGGGAGACGCUCCGGAUGAGCGAAGAUUUCGAACGGAGGAGUCGGAGCUGCGAGAGACGACGAUGAAGUGGACUUCCAAACGGAAUUUCCUUCUUUCAUCUUAGAUUUGUUUUCUUGUUUUUUCAAUGGCCCCUCUUCCGCCCUUCUAUAUUUCCCUCUUUCUCAGCGCUGGGAAAUGUUUCAGGCAGCGCAUUCCAUUCCAAUGCCCAACGGCGGCAUUUCUCAUUUCUAUGUAUUCCAUCGGAUCUUGCGAUCCGCAUGAGUGUAUUUCUUAGUUUUCCCCAAGUGGGGCUUUGCUCCGCCAAUGACGCGGGAUCCAAGGGCCGGCGGGCGGCUUUGCGCGCAGCAACAUCUUGUUGCGGUGAAGCAAUUAUCUAAUGACUAUACAUGACCGUUCAAUGUGACUCUUGGAAGCGUUUCUUCGAUGUUGGCGCAAGGAGCGACUUUGGCUGAUAAACUAAUUCUGAGGUCAUCUUAACGUCGGAGAAAGGUGAUGUCCGAU